GGAAGAUUUUCUCGGCAUCCAUCCAAACACCACAUAGAAAGAACAUCUCGACGGAGAGAGAGACGAUGCGUUGAUGAGAAAUAAGCCGAAUCGAGUGCCAAAACCUUGAUUUUCUCUCCGAUUCCGACACCUUAGCGUGGCCGUAUAGAUUUUGGUCGAGAGAUCGUUGACCGUUCGAUUGGGGAGAGAUGUCGGCGAACGGGGAUCUGGACCGUCAGAUCGAGCAGCUGAUGGAGUGUAAGCCGUUGUCGGAGGCGGAGGUGAAGACGCUCUGCGAUCAGGCGAGGGCGAUUCUGGUGGAGGAAUGGAAUGUGCAGCCGGUGAAGUGUCCUGUCACCGUCUGCGGCGACAUCCAUGGUCAGUUCUACGACCUCAUCGAGCUCUUCCGCAUCGGCGGGAAUGCUCCGGACACCAAUUACCUCUUCAUGGGAGAUUAUGUAGAUCGUGGGUACUAUUCAGUAGAGACAGUCACACUGUUGGUGGCACUGAAGGUGCGUUACAGGGAUAGACUUACGAUCCUCCGAGGGAAUCAUGAGAGUCGGCAGAUUACCCAAGUCUAUGGUUUUUAUGAUGAAUGCUUAAGGAAAUACGGAAAUGCAAAUGUCUGGAAGUAUUUUACUGACCUUUUUGAUUAUCUACCUCUUACGGCCCUAAUUGAGAGUCAGGUUUUCUGUUUGCAUGGAGGGCUUUCACCUUCUCUGGACACUCUUGACAAUAUCCGAAGCUUGGAUCGCAUACAGGAGGUUCCACACGAAGGACCGAUGUGUGAUCUAUUAUGGUCUGAUCCAGACGAUCGUUGUGGAUGGGGAAUAUCCCCCCGUGGUGCUGGUUACACGUUCGGACAAGACAUCGCAACUCAGUUUAAUCAUAACAAUGGACUCAGUCUGAUAUCAAGGGCUCAUCAACUCGUAAUGGAGGGAUACAAUUGGUGCCAGGAUAAGAACGUGGUGACGGUAUUCAGUGCUCCAAACUAUUGCUACCGAUGUGGGAACAUGGCUGCGAUUCUAGAGAUUGGGGAGAACAUGGAACAGAACUUCCUCCAGUUCGAUCCAGCCCCACGGCAGGUAGAACCUGAUUCCACACGUAAGACCCCCGAUUAUUUUUUGUGAUAAAUAUUCAUCGCCUUCUUCCGACCUCUCGUUGUUUUUUUUUUUUUGGUGGAGAGAUUUUCUGGUUGUUGAUGUUGCUGUAUCAUUGUAGAUCAUUAGAUGUGUCCCCUUUUGUCCUGUUUUUUUGUUUUCCUUCAAAGGUGGGUUCUGGUAUAAGACUGGUAACUUGAACAUUCUCCUACCAUAGGAGAAUUUCCCACGUGUUUCGUUGUAAAAAAGAAAACUGGACGUUGUUGUGUCAAUGAAAAUGUGUGACAAAGUUGUGAAAUU